CGGGAAGUCAGAGAGAGAAAAAAAGGCACCUGAAUGCCCUGGGAAGGAGCAGAAAAACCUUCUGUCAAGAUCCCCUUCCUCUCCUGUGCUACAAACACCCCCAAGCUGAGGGUCUCCCGGUGCCCACCGGCAGCCGCAGCCCUCGGCUGCACACACCUGCGUGCGGAGUGCCCCACGCGAGCAGCCUUUCUCACACCAGGAAGCGAGUGCCACGUCCCUCUCCUGCUUGCCUCUCCUCACAGCCACCUGUACUCACUGGUGUGACAGUGCGUGGCAUGGCCAGUGGCUGGGGCCUCAGGGCAAGGACAUGGGCAUCCUCCCUGUUUUGGAGUGGGCAUCCUGGAAUGUAUCCUUUGGGGGGCCAGGCACCGGGAGCGGGCCCCUCUCUGGCCCUUGGUACAGCACACACAAGACUCAGCUCUUGGGAGUUUUACUUGCUGCUGCUUCAAAUUUUCUGAUUAGUGUCUCUCUGAAUAUACAGAAAUGCUCUCAUCUCCGACUGGCUUGCCGAAAAGAGCCGAAGCCCUACUACACGAGCAAGCUAUGGUGGUGUGGGAUUACUCUCCUGGGGCUUGGAGAGGUGGGCAAUUUCAUAGCCUACGGAUUUGCCCCCAUUGCCCUUGUCGCUCCACUGGGAUGUGUAUCUGUCAUAGGUAGUGCAUUUAUUUCUGUCUUAUUCCUAAAGAAGACCAUGAGGGCUGCCGAUAUAUUGGGAGGAACACUGACAGUAACAGGGACAUACUUGCUGGUGACAUUCGCUCCAAAUGUACCCCAAGAGCUCACAGCAAGACGAGUACAGAAUUACUUAGUGAGCUGGCCUUUUUUGGUAUAUUUGAUCUUAGAAAUUAUAACAUUCUGCAUUCUCCUCUAUUUUUACAAACAAAAGGCUGUGAAGCACAUCGUGGUUUUGUUAAUGAUGGUAGCACUACUGGCAUCGCUGACUGUCAUUGCUGUGAAGGCUGUGGCCAGCAUGAUAACACUCUCUGCAAAGGGGAAAAUGCAGCUAACUUAUCCAGUUUUCUAUAUCAUGAUUGUUUUAAUGGCAACUUCUUGUGCUUUCCAAGUCAAGUUCUUGAAUCAAGCAAUGCAUCUGUAUGAAGCGACAGCAGUUGUGCCCAUUAAUUUUGUGUUCUUCACCACCAGUGCCAUCAUUUCAGGGGUCAUAUUUUAUCAGGAAUUCCAAAGUGCGGCUUUGCUGAGCGUGUUCAUGUUUCUGUUCGGGUGUCUCCUAUCUUUCCUUGGUGUAUUUGUAAUUGCAAGAAAUAAGAGAGAGGAGCAUUUACAAAUUCCUUUUAUUGACUGUGGACUUAUUCCUGGAAAAAAAUUGACAGGCAAAAUACAACCAGAUUCUCGCAGUUCACGCUAUGGCACUUUGAAUAAUGAAGACGACUCGGUGAAAAGUCAAAGCUGAAAGAAGAAAGCACCUUACAUGCCAAUUAACAGGAGGAACAGCACUGGAACAAGGAUGAGCAGCACCUUUUUGUUGAACGUAUUCAAGUAUUAGUUGAACCCCUGUAUGUUGAUGAGUCAUAGCGUUAUUUAAUCCUACUUAAUUUAUCCCAUGGCUGUCCCAAAUGUGUUCUGAAGAUAAAGGAAGCCUUAAGAAAAACUAAAUAACCAUUAAAGAAAUGGAACAUUCUUCUAGUAUUAUUGCCUCUUGGGGAUAUUUUUAGAGUCUUAAUUGCCUUGAAAUGCAAAUAGGCACAGAACAGGUUUAUAAAAAUUCCUCUUUGAAGCCCCCCAGAUCUGUGUAGAUGCUUAAAGACAAAGGUUAGAAAUGAGGAGAAUUUUCAUAAAUAACUUCAAAGUAUUCUGCUAUAUGUAUAAAACUUAAAAAACCCUGAUCCUUCCUGUUCAAGAAUCAACACUGUGGGCAUAUAUACAGUAUACACAAACAUAUACACACAAAGUGUUUUAUAUUAUGUGUGGAGGGAAAAUCCUGACUACCUUCUGCCAUCAGACUAAUUCUCUUCUCUUCCAAGGAAAUAAAUACUUGUGUGAGGAGUGGGAAGGAAGAGAGCAGUUGCCACAAACACAGGCACGUGAGCGCACACACACACACACACACACACACAUUUGUGGUGCCCAGUGAAGGCAGCGCUAGGGAGCCACGCUUGAUAUUUUACAUCGUCCCAGGAGGUUCCUCUGCACUGGGCUGGGCUAUACUAGCUGUUAGUAUAACAUAGCCUGAGGUUUAGGCUCUGUUUUCAGGAAAACAAGGUUUUAGUUAAGAAAGUGCAAAGCUCUCCAGAGGGAAUGGGGUACCAGGCUCCCUCCCUUGGUGCGUCUUGGAAAAAUAUUCCUAAAAAAGAACAGUAGGGAAACUCCUGCCUCCUUCCUAAAUGCUGGUAAUCCUGGAUGAGGAAAGGUUGUAGAAAAACAGGAUCACAAAAAGUCACAGCAACAGUACAAUUUUUCGUUCAUUAGACAGUAGUGUCCCCCACUGAUUUGAAGAGCCAGCAGCAAUGGGAACCAUGGCAAUACGGGCUCUGUGUUCAGGUCUGGGAGGUCUCGCUGCCCCUCAGUCCCAGCCUCCCAGCAAGAAAGCUUCUUCUGGGAAUUCGCCGUGGGUCCAUUUACCGCUGCCUGGAUGCGCUGAUCCACCUCAGCCGACACAGUGGGGGUCAGACACCUCCUCUGCAGAAACAAGUGCAAGUGCUCUUGAAAAGUCUUUACAUCUUGGACAAGAUACUUCUUUUAGGUUUGAAUUAAUCCGCAGUAAUGGAUAGGGGCCAUAGGCUCUGUGUAUUCUGUUUCAGUGGCAUAUGAGGAAAUGACGUCUCAUUUUUUUCCUGAAAACUUGUUUAUUUCAUUUUAAAAUAGGUACAGCUGAAGAUCCAAAACACAAUUUCAUUUCAAACCCUACAAAGGGCACAAAGAGGUGCAGUUUUUCCUACGCAGCAAUGUCCUGGGAGCCAGGGUGCAGGGCUGGGGGUUGUGAAGUUGUUUUCCAGCGUGGAUCUUUUCCAGCUGGCACAGGACAAGACUCUGUGUCUGCACCUUACUUGUACCAGCUGCCUGGCCGUGGCCUUCCUUUCCCCUCUUACAGCUUGAGUUCAAGUUUCUAAAGCUUAAAAUAACAACAAAAAAAGCACAUUCUUUUUGUAUGCUUUCUCCAGGGAAUAAGGGCAUGCCUCUAACUCUCUUUUGCAAGGCAAAUUUAAGUCACUUUCGAAGUCUCAAGUGAGAGCGUGUGUUAAAGAUGGAAAUAGGAGGCCAACAGUUUUUCAUUCUGUGGCCCCAGAAACAAAUGUGUGAAAGGAUUUGGUUUUGUUUCUUUUUUAAAUGAUUGGCCUUGAGCAUCUUUCUGAAAUCUGUUUCCAAGAUUCAGGAGGGCUGGAGGAGAUAAUAAGGGUUACCAGGUAUAGGAUUUUCUCUUUAAAGCAGGAAAUAAAAUGUAAAUAUCUGUGGCAAAAGUUAUUACUUAUUUUAAACUACUGUAUUUCUUCUUGAACAACGCUUCUU